AUGGCUAAUAUCAUAGCUGUCCAUUACAAUCUCGACCAAAAACACACGGUCAAGAUUGAAAGUCUUCCAACCUCAAUUGGAGAAAGCAAGGACGGUAUAAAUGACAUCUCUUGCAAUCUUUCCCCACCGGCUUCUACAUAUAUAGAAGCAAGCAUGGUAGACGGCAUCUAUAAACUACUCAAGGAGGUAGAGUCCCCAGAGUUCGACACUCGAUGGCAAGAAACCCCCAGCAAGGCAUUAAGUCCAUCCGCCCAGCACGCAGCAUCCACAUACCGAAAAACUCUCUGCCUCGGAUUAAGAUGCCUAUCAGGAGAAAUCACAAUCCCCAAUAACCAGACCUGGAACGACGCAAUCGCAUACUGCCGAGCAGUCAUCGCCGCCCCCCAGGACUCCAUUACCCGGGCCAGUUCAUACUGGAUCAGAUCUUCUUCCGACAUAAGCAAAGUACAACUGCAACGAUUCGGACCGGGAAUCAUUGCUGCAGCGCACAAGGGCAAUUAUGAGAUUGUAUCAGAUCAUUUCCAAGGAGAUCGGCUCAAAGUGCCCCAUAUCGAUAAAAAACAGAGCUUCUACCGGAAUGCGCGGAAUAUGGAUCUCGGUGCUUUCUUUUACCCGUCGUCUAGCCCACUAGCGGUUGGGGCCUUUGACUCGGGGAUAGUGCCAUGCUCGCUGAGUAUAUCAGCCUUUCUGGACCCGGAGGCGGCUGUCAAAGGGGGGUCGAUUUCGGGUGUUGCCAUAUGUGAUGACUAUGCUGCGUUCUCGCGUGAAGAUUACGAGAUUCGACUGCGUAUAGUUGGUUUUGCGCUUGGAUGUGCGUAUGAAUUCGGUGGGCAAUUGGUUAAUGCGAUAACCGAUGGGAGUAUGUUGCAAUGUGUUGGGACCGGUGACCAGCACACUCUCGAAGCUGCCAUGGCGUGGAGAGUUAUCAGUGGCUGUACAUCACCGAACAGUGGGUAUAUAUUCGGUAAGGAAAGUUUGGAAGAGGGACUUGUUAUAACGGAAGUCGAAAUCGCGAUACAUGACCUGCUAGACUGGAGAUCUGAUGUGGCGGCUGGGAACCAUGAAAAUGGGGUUUCGGCAGCAUAUGGACUAGGUAUUGAAGACCCUUUUCACGCAUACCUAGAGGCUACCUUGGAGCGAGCAGUAUCUAAUCCGAGAUCUGGCGGGUAUGCGAUUGCGGCUAUUGUCUAUAUGCACUUUACAGGUGUUAGAUAUGGUGCGUAUGAUUAUCAUGGUACACAUGGGGAGUCAUGCUCUGAGUGUGUUCGGAUUCUUCGAGACGUGACAAUAGGUGCAGGGCUGGUCUGGGCUCCGAAAUCACCUCCUCGGAGCUUUGAGGGUAGCGCCGGUAUCAGGCAACUUGGGAAGACUUGGAUCGAUGAAUUCAAGGACUGUGGUUUGGUUCAAGAGAGUCUCGGCUGGUUUCAACAUCUUGUGUCGACGGGAGAAAUUCGACUUUUCGAUGUCCUGAAUCCGAUCAAAGAAGUUGAUACUGAGGCCGAUUGGGCCUAA